AUGAGAGAUGCUUUAAAUCAUUGCGAGAAAAAUUACACCAUUGUACGUGAUAAAGAGAGUAAAACGCAAGUGUUGGUUAAUUUUCUGGUGAAGGUUGAUUGGAACACAAAAGGACGAGGGCGAGGACGAGGGCGGCCGGCUAAAAUUCCGGUGCCACCGUCAACAACUACUCAAAAAUCACCACCGAAAUUGAACCCGGAACCUAGCAAUGCUAGUCAUGAAGUUACUGUUGAAGACUAUGUGAGCUCUGAGGAUGAUGAAUCUGAAGAAACCCCAAUUCCUUCAGCUAACCUACCGAACUGCAAUGUACCAGAGAAACCUAAAGAGGAGACGAACGGAAAUAAGGUACCAAGAAAGCUAUGGACUGAUGUAAUUAGUGGAAAUCGUAAGCCUGAGAAUGGGAUGGCUCUUGAGUUUUUUGCUUCAAAGAUUGUGGAAGGAAAGCCGAUUGCUGAAAUUGAACCUGAAGACAUCAUUGGUGAGCUUAAAUAUUGGGAAUCUGCUUUGAUUAUGUAUGUCAUAGGGAGAGAUCUUAGUAUGAAUUCUGUUAAGCAAUUCAUGGAAAAGAAUUGGAGUUUUGUGAAAUUGCCAGAUCUGUUCUAUAAUGAUGAAGGAUACUUCAUUAUGCGUUUCCAGUCUUCCCAGGACAAGGAUGAAAUUUUAUCGAAGGGUCCUUACACAAUUAUGAACAUGACUAUGCUCCUUAGAGAUUGGUCCCCUGAGUUUAAUCUAAAGAGAGACAUGCUGAGAACAAUCCCUAUCUGGAUUAAGCUUCCUCAAUUACCUUUAUACCUUUGGGGUGCAAAAACCAUGGGGAAAAUUGGUAGUAUACUGGGAAAACCGAUAGUUACAGAUGAAUGCAAAGCUCAAAGGCUGAGAAUCUCUUAUGCUAGAAUGUUAGUGGAGAUUGAUAUCACCCAAGAAAUGCCAAAGGAAGUCACUAUUGCUGAUAAUGAAGGGCAUGAGUUAAUUCAAGCUGUGGAGUAUGAAUGGAAACCGAAGUACUGUGGAAAGUGUAAAAAGUUUGGACAUGUGUGUGAAAAACCUAAAGUCAGAAAAGAGAAAGUUUGGGUACCAAAACCUACUCUGAAAAGUAAUGAGCAAGAGGAAAGGGGGCCUAGCAAUAAGGAGACACAGAUGAUCAACACUACUAAUACUGAGGACCUGGUUUCAGAGUGGACUACAGUACAGAAGGCAGGAAAAAAGACAGUUACUGAUACAGGUACAAUGCAGAAAGCUGGAAAGAAGAUAAUUACUGAUACAGGUACCUCUGAAUUGAAUUGCUCUAAUGGAUUUGGCCUGCUAGGAGUUGUGAAUGACUCUCUAGUAGUGCAGGAGAAAGUGCCAUGA